UAAGAGCCCGUCCGGUAACGGGGCGCGGCCGGCGGCCGGUGGCGCAUGCGCGGUCGCGGUGGUGCCGCCGCCGCCAUGUCGAGCCGAGGGAAGCGGGAGCGGGCGCCGCGGGGCCCCGGCGCCGGGUCCGGGUCCGGGUCCGGGUCCUCAUCGCGGGGCUCCUCCCGCAGCCGCCGGGACGCGGACGUGGAGCGGGGCCGGGCCCGGCGGGAGGCGGAGCGGGAGCGCGCCCGGCGGGAGGCGGCGGAGCCGGGGCUGGGGCUCCCCGCGCUGGAUCCCGCCCGGCUCAAGCGGGAACCGGGGCCCGGCGGCGCCGCCGCGCGGGGCAAGCGGGAGCGGGAGCCCGAGGGGGACUCCGACCCGGAGCCGGAGCCCACCGUGCGCUAUGGCCGCUUCGACCCCGAGGACCAGCGCAGCCGCCACUGCCCGUACCUGGACACCAUCAAUAAGAGCGUCCUGGACUUCGACUUCGAGAAGCUCUGCUCCAUCUCCCUGUCCCACAUCAACGUGUACGCGUGCCUCGUGUGCGGGAAGUACUUCCAGGGCCGGGGGCUGCGCUCUCACGCCUACAUCCACAGCGUGCAGCUGAGCCACCACGUGUUCCUCAACCUGCACACGCUCAAGUUCUACUGCCUGCCCGACAACUACGAGAUCCUGGACUCGUCCCUGGAGGACAUCACGUACGUGCUGAAGCCCACGUUCACCGCGCAGCAGAUCUCCAACCUGGACAAACAGGCCAAGCUCUCCCGGGCCUACGACGGCACCACCUACCUGCCCGGCAUCGUGGGGCUCAACAACAUCAAGGCCAAUGACUACGCCAACGCCGUCCUGCAGGCAUUAUCCAACGUGCCACCGCUGAGGAACUACUUCCUGGAGGAGGAGAACUACCGG